GCUGGCUGAAAACUUAAUAAAAUUCAUAAACGAAACAUCAAAUCCAACACAAUACCGCGGCACCCGGUGCAAUACUCACUCGUCUUUAAACCCUGCUUCUUGAUCAUUCAUAUCGACUACGAUGGCCGAAGCUGUAGGCCUGGCUUCUGGAUUGCUGACCUUGGCUUCUUUUGCUUUUCAGUCCAGCGUCACACUGUAUGAGACUGUCAAGAGUUUCAAUUCUCAUCCAAAACGUGUCCGUGACCUUCUCGAGGAGCUGGAGGCUCUGAUUGCGGUUCUAGGUCCGCUCAAUGACAUGGUCAAAAACCCAGCGGGGACGUCACUCCCUGCGCUUGAUCUUCCCCUGAAAAGAUGUGGAAAUGCCUGUAAAGAAUUUGAACAGCAGCUUAUGAAGUGCUUAUCGCGAUCUGGCGGCGAUCGGACAAGCUUUCGCGACUGGGCUCGAUUAAGGUACAUGAGUGAUGAUAUCGAUGGGUUCAGGCGAUUACUCGCUGGGUACAAGUUGACUAUUAGUAUUGCCCUCACUGACGCAACACUUCACCAGUCUUCUAUUACCGCCGAAAUCCUCGAAAAUCAUAAACAUCUGAUCGAAGUUGCUAAGGACGAUCUGGAAGCACAUCUUGAAAGUAUCGAUGAGAAACUGGAGCGUGUACUUGGACCGGCUGUGGCAGCCUCGGAGCGCGAUACUUUGGAGAUGCAAGAGAUGAAGGAGGAGCGACUGAGCACUGAAAGAUGUCUCCAGAUUUGUGCACGCUUAUCUGAGCAUAUCGAGCAGAUUCAGCUCCAUCCCGAGCACAAUGAUCAUCAUGCUGGAUCACCGGAGCCUGGUGCUGUACCUGAAAUGAUUGUCAAUCAGGGGCUGCAGCAAUGUAAAGAGAGCCUCAUCUUAACAGCUGCAAAGUUGGAAAAACAUAUGCAGGAUAUCAUGAAUCGGAUGCUUGCGAAAUCCAGGUCACAUUUGACGUCGGAUGAGGAAAUUGCGAAUUUAACAAGAUUACGAGAUGAGUGGGAAACAGCCCGCCAGUGCAUUGGAAUAUGCUCGCAAGCAGACAAGCAUCUCAAAGAAACUGUUACUACCAUUGAAAACUAUGGCACUGGCGAUGCUAUUCAGUUCAUGAUUUCAACCAACGGACAAAUCAUCCAUGGGAAGAACCGAGGACUGGGUUGGAGAACUAGGCAGGUCGGCGGCCAUCUAAGUGAUGAUUCUCUUCAGCAAUUGUCCCGGGACAUGACAAGCAUUAACCUCCGCAGAACUGCAGAUGAAGAGUUGUCGCAAGACACUCAGCAACCCACUUCUGCUGAUCAGGAAAGCCAAACUCAAGCGUACAGGGAGCGUUACGGGCGAGGAUAUCAACUUACGCCUAAAUCGUCUCUAGGCAACACUCCUGCUUCUUUCAAUCAAUCAGGCGGCAGUUCUGGUCCAGCUCCGUGUGAGUAUUCCGAAAAGGAGGUUACACUUUCACAACUCUUCCACGAGCGGAAGCUGUUAGAUGACCGAAAGGCCCAGCCCCGACGGAUUCUCAUCCAAGAGCGGGCAGGUAUACCUUUGCGAAGACUUAAGGGGAUGUCAGACUUGGAUGAAUUUUUCCAUCAGGAAUUCUUUAAACACGAAGCAGAGCGCGACAGUUUAGUUCUAAAACUCCAGAAAACAGCUUUGGACCAAACCCAUAAGAAAACUCUCUUGCUAUUGGAUGGCCUGGACGAAGUUUCAGAAUAUCGCAAUGCAUCCAGAGCCGACCAGACUAAAAUAUUCAAUAGCUUAUUAAAUGAAGACAAUGUGAUUAUCACAUCCCGUCCACAUGCCGUGAAGCUUUUGGGCCUGACUCCUUUUGACCUGGAGUUAGAGACUAUUGGGUUCCACCUUAAUCAAGUACAAGCUUACUUAGCGAAAGCCAUGACGGAUCCAGAUACUAGACUAGUUCGGAUACCCAUUCAGCUCGAUCCAUUGUGCUAUAGUUGGGAUAACGACUUUCGUUCUGGUGCUCUGCUACAAACCAUGACAGCAGUAUACCAGGCUAUUGUUGACAUCAAACUCAGUUCCGUUGAGACCGGAUCUCUGUCAAUGAUGACUUGGGAUCUGGAUAGACAUCGCGAGUACGCCCCAUCUUCUUCCAGGUGUCCACCCAACUCUGGCGUAGCGCAGGGUUGCUCAAAGACGACAAAGGGGUUCCCCCGAUGA